AGUUCGGUGACGUCAGUUUCUUCUUCCGCCAUAAUUGUGCUUGAUGCCUUAAGCUGGAAAAUUUGGAAUUUACAAUCGGUUUGCAUCGUAUUUGGUUUAGCCUUAAAACGACGAAGCUUUAAUUAAAUUUUAUAGAUAUGGUUCGUAUGAAUGUAUUAGCAGAUGCUCUCAGAUCUAUCAAUAAUGCAGAGAAAAGAGGUAAACGUCAAGUUCUAAUCAGACCAUGUUCUAAAGUUAUAGUGAAGUUCUUGCAAGUAAUGAUGAAACAUGGUUAUAUUGGUGAAUUUGAAAUAGUAGAUGAUCACAGAGCCGGAAAAAUUGUAGUAAAUCUGACAGGUAGAUUAAACAAAUGUGGUGUAAUCAGUCCCAGAUUUGAUGUGCAGUUGAGAGACUUGGAGAGAUGGAUGAGGAGUUUGCUGCCUUCUCGACAAUUUGGUUAUUUGGUAUUAACAACUUCAGGUGGUAUAAUGGACCAUGAAGAAGCCAGAAGAAAACAUCUGGGAGGAAAGAUUUUAGGAUUUUUCUUUUAACAAAAAGUUCUGAAAAUAUGUACAGAACAUUAUUAAAAAUGUCCCUCUGAAAGACUUUUGUGUA